UAUGUCUUACGAUUUUCUUUUUAAAUAUAUCAUCAUAGGAGACUCAGGUAUGAUAUUAUACUUAACAAAGGGGUUGGCAAAUCUUGCCUUUUGCUUUAAUUAUUAGAUAAAAGAUUCAGAUAGAAACAUGAAGUAACAAUAGGAGUAGAAUUUGGUGCUAAACCUAUAGAAGUUGAUGAUCUUUAAAUAAAAUUAUAAGUUUGGGAUACAGCAGGAUAGGAAGCAUUUAAAAGCAUUACACGAACAUAUUAUCGAUCAGCAGCAGGAGCUUUAAUUGUUUAUGAUGUCACAAAGUAAAUAAUUAUUUCUAUAAUUUAAGGAGAGAAUCUUUUAACAGUGUUUAAACAUGGAUUGAAGAAGCAAGAUAAAAUGGAAAUUAGACAAUGAGUAUGAUUUUGGUUGGUAAUAAAACUGAUCUUGAGUCUAUGAGAGAAGUAACAACAGAGGAAGGAAAAUAAUUGGCCAAACAAUAAAAUAUAUUAUUUAUUGAAACAAGUGCAAAAACAGGAGAUCAUAUUGAUGAUGCUUUUAUUGUUAGUGCUAAAGAGAUCAUACAAAAAUUAAAAAGUAAAUAAAUUGAUUUGCGUGAUGAGGUAUAAUAAUAAUAUAUAUAUUAAUUUAGAAUUGUGGAAUUAAGAAGGGUGCAAAUGCUCAAAACAAAAAUACACUACAAAAUUAAGAUGAUGAUAAAAAGUCACUAAAUACAUGUUGUUGA